GUUUUGGAUAAAUGUUUUCGUAUAGAGUUAUUUUCUGAGAAUCUAUCAUGGUUGCCUACUAUAUGUUUUAUGUUAAUUUUCGCUUAUACAUAUGGAAAUUGACCGAGGUGUAUUUUUGAAGUUAAGAUUUUUCAGUUUUAUUAAAUAGUCUGAAUUAAUUGAAUAUGUAUUAGUUUAAGUAUUUUAUUUGAGCGCGCGAUGUCGUUCAGCGCCAACAGCGAUGCGACAUUCAGCCUGAGCUCCGCGCUGUCGCGACUGCACACGGACGAGGGCAGCAGCGCGGGAGCGAGGGACACCCCUCAGAACAUGCAGCCGUGCAACGCGCCCAGCAACCAGAGCCACCUGCACGGCGCGGCCCCCGCCCCCUCGCCCCCGCCCCCCAGCUCGGGCCCCGUCUACAACUGGCAGGCGACCAAGACGACGGUGAAGGAGAGGUUUGCGUUCCUGUUCAACAACGAGAUCCUGUGCGACGUGCACUUUGCGGUGGGUCGCGACGUGCAACAGCAGCGCAUCCCCGCGCACAAGUUCGUGCUGUCGGUGGGCAGCGCGGUGUUCGACGCCAUGUUCAACGGCACGCUGGCCACGCGCGCGGACGAGAUUGAGCUGCCCGACGUGGAGCCAGCCGCGUUCCUCGCGCUGCUCAGGUUCCUGUACUCGGACGAGGUGCAGAUAGGCCCGGAGACGGUGAUGACGACGCUGUACACGGCCAAGAAGUACGCCGUGCCCGCGCUGGAGAAGCACUGCGUGGACUUCCUCAAGUCGAACCUGGGCAGCGACAACGCCUUCAUGCUGCUGACCCAGGCCCGCCUGUUCGACGAGCCACAGCUGGCCGCGCUGUGCCUCGAGACCAUCGACAAGAACACGGCCGAGGCGCUGGGCGCGGACGGCUUCACGGACAUCGACCUGGACACGCUGAGUGCCGUGCUGGAGCGCGACACGCUGCGUGUCCGCGAGGCCAAGCUCUUCCAGGCCGUGUGCAGGUGGUCGGAGGCGGAGUGCGGCCGCCAGCAGCUGCCGGCGGCUCCCGAGAACCAGCGCUCCGUGCUGGGGCGAGCCCUGUCCCUGGUGCGCUUCCCGCUCAUGUCGGUGGAGGAGUUCGCGGGCGGGGCGGCCCAGUCGGGCCUGCUCACGGACCGCGAGGUGGUCUCGCUCUUCUUGUACUUCACGGUGAACCCCAAGCCGGCGGUCGGCUUCCUGGAGGUGCCUCGCUGCUGCAUGACGGGCAAGGAGCAGACCGUGAACCGCUUCCUGCAGAUCGAGAGUCGCUGGGGCUACAGCGGCACCAGCGACCGCAUCAGGUUCAUCGUUGACCACCGCAUCUUCGUGGUGGGGUUCGGGCUGUACGGCUCGAUCCACGGCCCGACGGAGUACGAAGUCAACCUGCAGGUGAUCCACACGGCCACGGGCAAGGUGAUGGGCUCCAACAACACCAGCUUCAGCUGCGACGGCUCCAACUUCACGUUCCGCGUGAUGUUCAAGGAGCCGGUGGAGUGCCUGCCCAACACCAGCUACACCGCGUCCGCCACUCUCAAGGGACCCGACUCCCACUACGGCACCAAGGGGCUCCGCAAGGUGACCUUGGACAGCCCCAGCGGCGGCAAGGUGAUGUUCCAGUUCUCGUACGCGGCGGGCAACAACAACGGCACCUCCGUGGAGGACGGCCAGAUCCCGGAGAUCAUCUUCUACACCUGAGCCCUCGCGUCGCACCGCCGAGACGUUCAUUACCUGUAACUGUUUAGCGAGUAUUGUGAACAGCCAACAAAUUUAUAUUUAUUAUUACUGUCAGUUGGGUACAUGUUCAUUCACACGUAAACCGCACAUAAAAAAUGUAUGUUACAAUAAAAAUUCAAUAAACUGAAGGCAUGUACUCGGCAGGUUCUCCUCAGCCGUGCGCCUACGAAGCAGAUCAGAGACGUGGCUCGUGAGCGACAUCCGGGUCUUGUGUGCUUUUCUGAGUUGUGUCUAUAUUGUCUUUGUAGAUGACAUGAAGUUUCCACAGUUAUUAUUAUUGUUUAAAAAUUAAACGGUGUCAAAAAUCA